AUGUUGUGGCUCUAUGUGUUGGUGGUUAUUCUGUCAGCGUCGUUGGACCUCACUCUCUCAGGGCCUACGGCGGAGCGGGUUGUUUAUCCUCGGCUGCUACAAGCGAGAGGAGCGAAUGGUGAGAAGUUGCUUCACAUUCAAAAUGGACUGACGCUUCACUUGGAAAAGACCUCUGUCUUGGCCGAGAACUUCACCAUCACCACAUUCGAAGGCGGAAAUCAAAUUCAUUCCACGAUGAACGGGAAGAACCUGGAAAAAAACGUGUACCGAGACCGAAGCCAGGCGGCUGCAGUAUCGGUCGAAGAACAGGACGGAACGUUAGAAGUGAGAGGAGCACUGAGCCCCAAGCUGAGGAUCGCCCCUUCGCCACUCAAAGCUCGUUCCGAAGAUGGGCAGAUGGCCCACGAAAUAUUCGAAAUCGAGCAGCAUGGUGAUUUUAGGAGCGAUUAUAUUGUUCCCCCCAGUUUGAAAGUGCAAGAACGUACAGUGGUUUACCGUAACAAGUACACCAGAGUUCCUGUAAAUUUUACCGUCGAAGUUGCCAUCCUGAUUGAUAAGUUUUUAUACAAGGAGUUCAAGAACGAUAGCCACAUCGUACCGUACCUGGCUAUGAUACUGACUUUGAUAAACCUGAGGUAUGAUGACACACAUGACCCGUACAUCCAGUUUGUUCUGACUCAAGUGUUCCUGGGGAAAAAUGGCGAUCCAGUUUCACAGACAAUGUACGAGUAUGACGUGAAAAAGCCGAGCGGACCCAAUAAGUUAUACAUGCAGUCGGAUAUCACAGUCUCCAGGCUAGCGAAGGCAGUGCAGUACGGGGUGCUCGACACUACUGCGGAUAUGAUGAUCCUCGUGACAGGACUUGAUUUGGCAGAUAAAGAAGGGGACGUAGUAGAAAAUGCAGUCUUGGGAAUUGCGUACCUUGGUGCCGUCUGCAGUGCAAGUUUACGAGCUGCUCUUGCUGAGGACCACGCCUACACAUUUUCCACGGUUGGCGUCACUGCACACGAACUGGCUCACGCUCUUGGAAGUGUUCAUGACGGAGAUCAACCCAUCUAUGCCACCGUCGGAAAACGAGUCAGCGGCUGUAACGCACGUGAUGAAUAUACUAUGGCGCCUGUCGCUGGCGGCAAGAAUUUCGGGAAAUUCUCCACCUGUUCCCUGAAUCAACUGUCGUCCUUCGCCGGGACAUUAUCCCAAAGAUGCUUUAACAUUUCGGUGUCCAGUACCUUCACAAUGCCCACGAAACCAAUUCCGGGCACAAAGUGGAACCCGUUUCCGGGACGAGCCUUAGACAAAACAUUCUACUGCAAGAGCUUAUACGCAAAUUCAUGGCGUGUAACAGCACGUGACCACCUUGCCUACGCGCCUCGAUGCAAGCUACUAUGCUGCCCCUCAGCUUACGGAGGGUGCUACGUUCACGACAUGGUGGAUGGAAUGACAUGUGGCGAUCAAAAGGUCUGUAUGAGACAUGUGUGCGCAAGACCAGGCGAGCAUCCAGCGUCACCACCGCGGCGGGCGACCACAGCGACCCCGACGCGUAAUUAUGGACGUUAUUAUUACUGGGGACGUCGAAGUGGCUAAAACGUGUCCACGUGAUUAGUGCAAGUCGCAGCUGUGAACGAAGAACCAAGGUCAACCCAGCAGUUCGCGUUUCGAUGUGCAUUGGAAAUAAAUGUUUUGGAUUGCACUA